AUGGUGAAGAAGGAAACGAAGGAGAAGACAGCAACAAAGGAAGCUCAUCCCAAGAAAGCAAAAAUCGGCUCGAAUUGGGAAAGUAUGAAGAAAUUGAUUUUGCGAAACCCUGCUGAGGCAAAACGAAGACGUUUGCGUGAAGAAAACCCCGAAAAGUCUGUUUCUCCCAAAACACUGGUAAAUCUGGAGGCAUUACUUAAUCCUGAUGGUUCAGGCACUGCAUCAGAUACUCCAGUGGUCGCUAUUGAUUGCGAAAUGGUGGGAGUAGGGCCCAACAAUGAAUCUGCUCUGGCUCGCAUUUCGAUUGUUAAUUAUUAUGGGGCUAUUUUAUAUGAUUCGUUUGUGAAGCCUCCAUCCGCUGUGACUGAUUACCGUACUCAGUGGUCUGGUAUUCGCCCUGAGGAUUUGGAGGGAGAUAGAGUAGUUACUCUGAGAGAGGCACAAGAUGUGGCCGAUCGUUUGAUGAAGAACCGAAUUGUAGUUGGACACUCGAUCAGUAACGAUUUCGAAGCGUUGAUGAUGCACCACCCGCGAAGACUGAUUCGAGACACUGCCUACUACCGUCCUUUUAUGCGUAAAUGGAAAAACAAGUGGCUGCCUCACAAGCUGCAGUACCUGUUAAAGAGGGAGUUUGGUACGGCUAUUCAGGAAGGAGAGCACGAUUCUAUCGAUGAUGCUCGUGCUACUCUUCUUUUGUACAAAAAAUAUCGAGUGGAAUGGGAAAACGAAAUAAAGAAAAAAGAAAAAACCAAACAUCGAAAACAUGGCAAAUAA